AUGUCGACAAAUUUGUCGGAACAGUUGGAUGCAUUACACGCCAGGCUAUUAGCGGUAGGAGCUGACUUGAUAUGCAUAAAGAGAAAUAAUACGAAGGAUAUGAAUACUACAGUUAAACGAUCCAAAAUCGAUGUAAUGAGUGCCGAAGUAAAUGAUUCCAAUCCAUACAGUCGAUUGAUGGCUUUGAAAAAAAUGGGUAUUGUGAAAAAUUAUGAUGAUAUCCGGAAAAAAACAGUACUGAUAGUAGGUGUUGGUGGUGUCGGAAGUGUUGUUGCUGAAAUGUUGACAAGAUGUGGCAUUGGAAAGCUUAUAUUGUUUGAUUAUGAUAAGGUAGAGCUUGCUAAUAUGAAUCGUUUAUUUUAUCAACCGCAGCAUUCUGGUAUGAGUAAAGUUGACGCAGCACGAAACACUCUCAUAACAAUCAAUCCUGAUGUAGAUUUCGAAACGUAUAAUGCGAAUAUAACGACUGUAGAGAACUAUUCGCUCUUUGUUGACCGAAUUAGGAAGGGAAGUCUUACCGAUGAAAAGGUUGAACUCGUUCUCAGUUGUGUGGAUAAUUUCGAAGCUAGAAUGACUAUUAAUACUGCUUGCAACGAAGAGAAUCAGAUAUGGAUGGAAUCUGGUGUCAGCGAAAACGCAGUAUCUGGUCAUGUGCAAUGUAUGCGUCCUGGACAUAGUGCAUGCUUUGCUUGUGUACCUCCUUUGGUAGUUGCCUCAAAUAUUAACGAGCGCACUCUAAAACGUGAAGGAGUUUGUGCAGCGUCAUUACCCACCACAAUGGCCGUCGUUGCCGGCUUGCUAGUGCAAAAUGCUUUGAAGUUCCUCCUAAAUUUCGGUGAAGUAUCUUACUGCGUGGGAUAUAAUGCUCUCUGUGAUUUCUUUCCUCGACAUCAAAUGUUACCGAAUCCAAGCUGUGAAGAUCGUUUCUGUCGACAAAGACAAGAAGAGUGCAAACAAGCUGUAAUUGAAAGGGAAGCCGAGGAGAAUGAACAAAUCGAAGAAAAAGUAACGCACGAGGACAAUGACUGGGGGAUUGAAGUUGUGGAUGAAUCGUUGAUUGAUCCUAUUAUUGAUCAUUGUAAUGGACCUGCCGAAGGAAUACAAUUCGCUUACGAAGCUCCUGUUAAAGAUAUGGAAAGUAAGGAACAAAUAUCAGAGGUGAAGAAUUUGUCAGCCCUAAUGGCCGAAUUAAAAAGUUUAUGA